UACCCUCGAUAUUUUUUUGGUGCAGAGAUAUUUUUUAGGUGCAGAAGAAGAGACAAAUGGAGAGAGCAGCCAUGGUCCGCGCCGCCGGGAGCUCCGCCGUGGAACGCCGUAGGCCCGUAGCUGCUGUUGCCAACGAGUCCAUACAUAACCCCUCCCCUCUCCUCCCCUCGUCGCCCCGAACCGCAGCCUCGACAUCUCCGCCUCCGCCUCCGCCUCCGCCUCCGCCUCAGACGCACACGCACGCACGCACACGCCCAUCAUACCAUGGCCGCGCACUCCGUCGCCGCCGCGCACGCCACCAUAUCCGCGCGCGCGGUCGCCGCGCACGGCGCCGGAGUGUCGGCCCCGGGCGAGCGCCUCGGCUUCCUCCGCCUGAGCUCACCGGUCGCCGGCCGCGGCCAGCUGCGCUCCCCGCUCCCGGCCCGCCGCCAGCGCGUCGUGCGCGCCGCCGCCGCCGCCGAGACGGUCGAGGGGAACAAGGCCGCCACCGGCGAGCUGCUGGAGAAGUCGGUCAACACGAUCCGGUUCCUGGCCAUCGACGCCGUCGAGAAGGCCAACUCCGGGCACCCGGGCCUCCCCAUGGGCUGCGCGCCCGUGGGCCACGUCCUCUACGACGAGGUCAUGCGCUACAACCCCAAGAACCCUUACUGGUUCAACCGCGACCGCUUCGUCCUCUCUGCCGGCCACGGCUGCAUGCUCCAGUACGCCCUGCUCCACUUAGCCGGCUACGACAGCGUCAAGGAGGAGGACUUGAAGCAGUUCAGGCAAUGGGGAAGCAGCACACCUGGCCACCCUGAGAACUUUGAGACUCCAGGAGUUGAAGUUACCACUGGACCUCUUGGUCAGGGUGUCGCCAAUGCUGUUGGGUUGGCACUUGCUGAGAAGCACCUGGCUGCCCGCUUCAACAAGCCUGACAGUGAGAUUGUCGACCACUACACGUACGUUAUUUUGGGAGAUGGUUGCCAAAUGGAGGGUGUUGCCAAUGAAGCUUGCUCCUUGGCUGGGCACUGGGGUCUUGGCAAGCUGAUUGCUUUCUACGAUGACAACCACAUUUCCAUUGAUGGAGAUACAGAGAUUGCAUUCACAGAGGACGUGAGCACCCGCUUUGAGGCUCUUGGGUGGCACACAAUCUGGGUUAAGAGUGGGAACACUGGCUAUGAUGACAUCCGUGCAGCUAUUAAGGAAGCAAAGGCGGUUACCGACAAGCCCACCUUAAUCAAGGUGACAACCACAAUCGGUUUUGGAUCACCCAAUAAGGCCAACUCAUACAGUGUGCAUGGAAGUGCAUUGGGUGCCAAAGAGGUCGAAGCAACCAGGCAGAACCUUGGAUGGCCCUAUGAGCCAUUCUUUGUACCAGAGGAUGUCAAGAGCCAUUGGAGCCGCCACACGCCACAAGGUGCUGCACUUGAGGCUGAUUGGAAUGCCAAAUUUGCAGAGUACGAGAAGAAGUAUGCAGAGGAUGCAGCAACUUUGAAAAGUCUCAUCACAGGGGAGUUCCCCACUGGCUGGGCUGAUGCUCUUCCGAAAUACACUCCAGAGAGCCCAGCCGAUGCCACCAGGAACCUCUCCCAGCAGUGCUUGAAUGCACUUACUAAUGUUGUGCCUGGUCUUAUUGGAGGUAGUGCUGAUCUUGCGUCCUCCAACAUGACCCUGCUUAAGAUGUUUGGUGACUUCCAGAAGGAUACGCCUGAAGAGCGCAAUGUCCGUUUUGGAGUCAGAGAGCACGGAAUGGGCGCCAUUGCGAAUGGCAUUGCUCUGCACAGCCCAGGGUUUGUUCCAUACUGUGCUACUUUCUUUGUCUUCACUGAUUACAUGAGAGGUGCCAUGAGAAUCUCAGCUUUGUCUGAAGCCGGAGUUAUCUAUGUUAUGACCCACGACUCUAUUGGUCUCGGAGAGGAUGGCCCGACCCAUCAGCCCAUUGAGCACUUGGUGAGUUUCCGCGCAAUGCCGAACAUAUUGAUGCUUCGCCCUGCUGAUGGUAAUGAGACUGCUGGAGCAUACAAAGUUGCAGUUCUCAACAGGAAGAGGCCAUCUAUUCUUGCUCUCUCAAGGCAAAAGCUUCCUCAUCUGCCUGGCACCUCAAUUGAGGGUGUUGAGAAGGGUGGAUAUACCAUCUCUGACAAUUCAACAGGCAACAAGCCUGAUCUCAUCGUGUUGAGUACCGGCUCUGAACUAGAGAUUGCUGCCAAGGCUGCUGAUGAGUUGAGGAAGGAGGGGAAGACUAUCCGUGUUGUAUCAUUUGUUUCCUGGGAACUUUUUGAGGAACAGUCAGACGAAUACAAGGAGAGUGUUCUUCCUGAGGCCGUUACUGCAAGAAUCAGCAUUGAGGCUGGUUCUACUCUCGGAUGGCAAAAGUACAUUGGAGCCCAGGGCAAGGCCAUUGGCAUCGACAAAUUCGGUGCAAGUGCUCCUGCUGGAAAGAUCUACAAGGAGUAUGGCAUCACUGUGGAGGGUGUUAUUGCGGCAGCCAAAAGCUUCUAAGACUCAUAACUGAGUUUUGUUGUCACCGAUGCCAAAGGAAUGUCAUACCUGGAGGUCUUGUGCCCAAAACAUGCAAUAAUUGAGGGAGCAUAAGAUGCCUGUGCUUGGAGGGUGAGUGAUACUUUAGGACUGGAAUAAACAAUGUAUUUUCCUUGUACAUUGGUUUUUAUUCAGUGACUCCUUAGACGAUUCAUGAAGUUGAGUUUGAUUAAAUUGGGUGCUGGGUUUUUUGGUAACACUGGCAAUCAACUUAUAGUCUUGCUCUUGCAACAAUGUUUCAUUCUUUUCUUUGCGAGAUCCUGGGUUUAAAUCAUGCUGUGCCUAGUUGGAUUUUUUGUCUUCUAUACAGUUUGUAGUGCUUUUAUGAUUGCAAUAUAAGCAGAGCAUCUAUUCAACUU